CAUGUCACACCUCUACUUUACCUCUGCUUAUACUGUCAGUUUGCCUAACUUCGUACCUAAAGAGGACUAAAACAUGGGUAAACAACACCAACAUCCAAACCUGGUCUUCGUAUUAAUCGAAUAUAUUUUGCUUGAUUUUAUAUGAUAUAUCGCUUUCAUAACCUCAUGAAAUGAUUUACAUUUUAUUUUGGAUAAGUAAUACAAAAAACGUUAUUGAAUAAUGACUUCGUUUUGGAAGUAAUAGAUUUUUUUUAAUGGAGCUCUCGAGGCUAUUUUAAAUGUAAAGUCUAUGUCUGAAAUGAAUUACUCCUCCAAGUGAAGUGUACAGAACUAAACCAUGGAAAAUGUUACUUCAAAUCCAGAUAACCAGACGCUUGGUCCAUGGACUGAUUAUAGCAUGGAAUACAAAGUGGUCAGCAUAUUUUUUGUCAUCCUCAUCUGUGGGAUAGGAAUAGUUGGAAACGUUAUGGUGAUACUAGUUGUUCUUACAACCAAACACAUGCGGACACCCACCAACUGUUACCUGGUGAGUUUGGCAGUGGCCGACCUGAUGGUUCUGACUGCGGCUGGACUGCCGAAUAUUACAGAGAGCUUGUAUGGAGGAGGCUGGGUGUACGGAUACGUCGGGUGCCUUAGCAUAACUUAUUUCCAGUACUUGGGCAUCAACGCGUCUUCAUGCUCCAUCUCCGCUUUCACCAUUGAGCGGUACAUAGCCAUCUGCCACCCCAUAAAAGCGCAGUUUAUGUGCACUCUGUCAAGAGCAAAGAAAAUCAUAGUGGUCGUUUGGGCUUUUACCUCGCUCUACUGCGCCUUGUGGUUUUAUCUGUCUGACACGAAAGAGUUGAUUUACGACAAUAUUACCUUGGUCUCGUGCGAAUACAAAGUGUCCAGAAAUCUUUACCUGCCAAUCUACUUCACUGACUUUGCCGUGUUCUAUGUGGUGCCUCUCAUGCUAGCCACUGUUCUGUAUGGAUUUAUCGCUAGAAUUCUUUUCCUCAACCCAUUGCCGGCAGACCCCAAGGAUAAUACAAAAAAGUGGAAAAAAGAAUCAUGCCAAGGAAAUAGGAUGAUGAGCACCAACAAUUCAUCCUGUAGCACAACUGCCCGCUCUCGCAGGCAGGUGACUAAGAUGUUAGCUGUGGUGGUGGUACUCUUCGCCCUCCUCUGGAUGCCCUACCGGACGCUGGUGGUGGUAAACUCCUUCCUGGACAAGGCUUACCUGGACCACUGGUUCCUACUCUUCUGCCGCAUCUGCGUCUACCUGAACAGUGCCGUCAACCCGGUCAUCUACAACGCCAUGUCUCAGAAGUUCCGCACCUCCUUCAAGAAGUUGUGUCACUGCGGUCCGCAGCGAUUGGAGAAGCCGGCGUCUUACAGCGCGGCCCUGACCUACAGCGUCAUCAAGGACACAACCAAUGGAGAGAGCCCUGACCACUUUACUACCGAGAUGGACGAGUUGGCCACGCCCACACCCAGUGACCAGUUCCUGCCCAGCACCAAGAGGAUGUCAUUCGAGGACCCCUCUCUGUCAUGCAGGGUUGCCCUUAGCACUCCCUGACAGAAAAAGUAAAUCCAUUCAGGCUCUAGUUUGUGAAUUCUAUUCUAUAAUUCAUUUUCUGCAGAGGAAUUGCUCUAAAUUUUCAGCAGUACAACGGCAAACAUUAAAUACCAAAAAUGUGUUGUUAAUAGAGGAAGGAAUGCUUAAUUUCUUUAUCUAGCAUGGUGAAAAUAUAUUCUCCCCUCUCUGUAGCCAUCUUAGCACAAAGCACCCAAUUUUAGGCAUUGUUUAAAUCAGUCCUAAACAUUGUGUGACACACAGAUUUCAAUUUGCCAGGUAAUACUGCUUUCACUGCUUUCACAUACUGAGCGACAGUUUCCAUCUCUGUAGAGUGGAAAAAAGGGAAAGAUAUUAUCCCUCUUUUUUAUCUGGAGAAGUCUAGGCCAGGUACUCAGUGUGUGUGUGUGUGUGUGUGUGUGUGUGUGUGUGUGUGUGUGUGUGUGUGUGUGUGUGUGUGUGUGUGUGUGUGUGUGUGUGUGUGUGUGUGUGUGUGUGUGUGUGUGUGUGUGUGUGUGUUUUUAAAAGCUCACUCUACAGGAGGUGUCAAACUGUCUGGCCAUAGUUGUUUGAACCAUCCUGCUACUUUGCAUGUUUGAAAACAGCAUAGAGAGAAUGUGAUCACUGACCACAUUUCAAAGGCAAAAUUCAAAGGAGGCAGAGUAUUAAAACCAUCUCUGCUCGAGGAGUGUAAAUAUCACACAUUGCUUUGAAACCCGCCUGUCAGGGAAAUAGAGAUGAGGUGGGAUGAAAUUUCUUUAAAGGUUACAGAUGAUGAAAAGGACUGAGAGCAAAGCAAUGACACUCCGGGUCUUUCAUCUGUUUGAUUGCUCAAUGUCAUUUGACUUUGUUGUAACCUUAUUGGUUACUAUAAAUCAGGCUCACCUGAUAUGGAAUGUUCUGCAGGGGCUAGUGUCAAAAAUGUAUAGUAACCUUAUUGGCUAAAAGGUUCACCUGAUAUAGAAAUUUCCACAGGGGCUAGUGUCAAAAAAAUGCAGCAUGGUUAAAUAUCCUGCUGUACCCAUAAUGGACUACUGUGGUGUGAAUUCAAUCAAAAAGAGUUGAAAGGCACAGAGUCCAUAAUGAGAAAGUUAUUUGAUGACUCAGACACCUGGGUGGUUGAUUGGUUGUCUCUAGGUCAGGGGCCUGACAUGACCAGACCAAACAUUAUGUUGACAUCUGCAAAACAGAGACUGAUGGUAGCAUUUCCCCUUAAUGGAUCCCCCCAAGCACAUCCCACAGAGCAGCUAUUCCCAAACUGGGGUACGCGCAAUGCUGUCGGGGGUACGCCAAAUAAAAAGGGGAUUCACAUUAAAUAAAAUAGAUACAAAAUUCUUCACAUUUUCAAACAGUCCAUUUAUAUUUUACAACAGGGCUAUAUAUUUGGGUGAGGUUUUUUUCUCACCUGAGAAACCUCGUUUCACUGCCAAAAAUUAAAUUAAACCGUCUAGUGUUCAGCGAAAUAACAACACAAUGUCAAAAACAGGUAGCCUAGUCAAAUAAUGAACAUCCAAUCACAUUAACCGUUACUCUCUCGAAUUCCACUAACGGUCCGUAUGUAGCCAAACAUAGCUGCUGCUCAUUCCGUUUGUUCGAAAAUGGAUAAAUAGUUACAAAAAGUAAGGCCCACGUCCAUAGAGACGCAUACCAGCUCUACUGGUAGUACUGCUACUACCAGCAGUACUACACCUGCACCUGUCGACGACACAAGUUGUUUUGCUUCCAUGAGCACAUCCAAUGCUAGCAUCAGUAAUUCUACAUUUGUUGUUAGCCCAGCUAGCAUGGACACUGACAGUUGUGAAUCUGAUGCAGCCGAAGAGCUACUGCCCCCUUACCCGGGAAAGCACCGAACAACAGACAGGGACAUUGGACCAUAGAAGAGACGCAAAUAUGAUGAGAACUACACUUAUAUUGGGAGUAGUGCCUUUCCUCAGCCGCAGUGUGUUAUAUGUGCAAAAGUACUAUCUCACAACUCGAUGAAACCUUGCGCAGACAUUUAGAAACAAAACAUGGCAAUUUGAAAAAUAAGCCACAGGAGUUUUUUGAGCGAGAAUUAAGACGACUUUUGAGUAGUAAGACAUGUAUAAAAGCAACAGAUACCAUGAACAACAGAUAGUGUCUUAUAUGGUGAACUACCGAGUGGCUAGGACAGGCAAGCCACAUACUAUCGUGGAGGACUUAAUUCUACCUGCUGCCGUGGAUAUGGCUGGGACAAUCCUGGGGGAAUGGCCAAAAAAAUGACACCUUCAUCAAACAACACUGUUUCACAACGCAUCAGUUUUUACAACAUGCAGAAGUGCGCUGGUUAUGAAGGGGCAAAGUAUUGACUCGUGUUUUUGAAUUGAGAGACAAGCUUAAAGUUUUCUUUACUGACCAUGAUUUUCACUUGUCUGACCACUUGCAUGAUGACGAGUUUCUCACACGACUGGCCUAUCUGGCUCAUGUUUUUUUCUCUCGCCUGAAUGAUCUGAAUCUAGGAUUACAGGGACCUUCCGCAACUAUAUUCAAUGUGCGGGACAAAAUUGAGGCUAUGAUUAAGAAGUUGGAGCUCUUCUCUGUCUGCAUUAACAAGGACAACACACAAAUCUUUCCAUCAUUGUAUGAUUUUUUUGUGUGCAAAUGAACUCAAGCUUACGGACAACGUCAAAUGUGAUAUAGCGAAGCACCUGAGUGAGUUGGGUGCGCAAUUACGCAGGUACUUUCCCGAAACGGCUGUCACAAACAACUGGAUUCAUUAUCUCUUCCAUGCACUGCCUCCAUUCCACUAACCAAUAUCUGAACAAGAGAGCCUUAUCGAAAUUGCAACAAGCGGUUCUGUGAAAAUUGAAUUGAAUCAGAAGCCACUGACAGAUUUCUGGAUUGGGCUGCGCUCAGAGUAUCCUGCCUUGGCAAAUUGUGCUGUUAAGACACUGAUGCCCUUUGCAACCGCGUACCCAUGUGGAUUCUCGGCCCUCACUAGCAUGAAUAUUAAACACAGGCACAGACUGUGUGUGAAAAAUGAUUUAAGACAGACUCGAAUGCAACCCAACAUUGCAGAGUUAUGUGCGUCAUUUAAAGCACACCCUUCUCAUUAACCUGUGGUGAGUUAUUCAUUUUUUUCGAUGAACAAAUAAAGUUGUAUAUGUAAGAUGGCUAAAUAAAGAGUAAAAUGAUUGAUUAUUAUUAUAUUAUUAUUUGUGCCCUGGUCCUGUAAGUGCUCUUUGUCACUUCUCAUGAGCCGGGUUGUGACAAAAACUCACAUUCAUUCUUAUGUUUAAUAAAUGUAUCAUAUAGUAUGUGUAUGGCAGGCUUUAAAUGAUUGCAAAAAACAACAUUUGAGAGUGCGCUGACCCUGGUGCUAGAGGGGGUACACAUCUGGAGGUUGAACGUUUGAAGGGGUACGGGAAUAUAAAAUGUUUGCGAACCACUGCUACAGAGCAAAGGCGAGAUUAGAGGAUUCAUCAAUGCCAAAGUGUCCUACUUUGGAGAUUUGUGGGAGGCUGGUGUGUCAUGGUACAGCCAUAUAGCAUGGGCACAGUGUCAAAAAACAGAAAGAUCAAGCAUAAAAGGAACGAGCAUUGAUUGAAUUUAGAAUUCAAAUCAAGAAAAAAUAGCUGUUUAUUUUAUACUGAUGAAACGCCCUCUCUGUCCCUUUUGGGAUGCUGUAAAAAUGCUUUUGCCCCAUUUAAAUUGUCUGCCAGUAGAGCUAUUGCGUAAUAACGUUGUUUGUUUGGUUCAGUUGUAAUUGUUUGUUCCAAUCAAUGUACAAUAUUUUUGCUAUGGAGCGAUCAAUGUGGAGCUACGCUGUUCUUCUUUGGUAACACUACAACUGCAGUAUGUUUCAGAGAAGGUAUGUGCACUGUCAUCUACUGUGUCUUCUGCACAGUUUCCACCAUAAAAGGGAGUGGUGCCUGGUAGCGAGUUUGCAGCAUGGACACUGUAAAACAAAUGAUGUUGUGGUGUGAUUUCAAAAAGAAAGAAAUCUAUGUACAGUAUACAGUUUCUCUUCACUCAGCAAUGUUGUGCAACCUGGUCUCUCCUGCUGGCAGUUCUCUGCAUUGUAAAAACUGCUCUUGUUGUUUGGAUGGUUUGUGUUUUGUAUUUUGCAUUGUUAUUUGUCUAUAAGAAAAUAAAUGGAUCACUGAUCAUGUAGCCUGUC